AUGUCGCGGGCGGCGGGCGGCGAGUGCCGCAAGGAAGCGGCGGGCUGGGAGGGCGAGGACGGGCAAUGCGACUCGGGCAUCGAGUCGCUGCGCUCGCUGCCGGGCGGCAGGGAGACCCCCGCCGCGCCCGAGGGCCCCCGUGCCGCCCCCGAGGCCCUGGAGGAGACCCUCUCCGAGGCCGCCGCCGCCGAGGAGCGGCUGGAUUCCAGCUACGGCUCCGGCGCCCUGCCCGAGGCUCUGCCCGGGCUGCCGGGGGCUCCGGGGGACCGCCCCGAGGAGCCGCCGCCCCGGCCCGAGGGGCUCAGCCGGCAGCAGCUGGAGGCCCUCACCUACCUUUCGGAGGACGGAGACACGUUGGUUCAUCUGGCCAUUAUCCACUGUGUCCCAGCUGUAGCACUCUGCUGCAUCGCUCAGCUGCCCAGGGAGGUGCUGGAGAUCCAAAACGAUCUUUUCCAGACCCCGCUCCACCUCGCUGUGUACCUGGAGCAGCCCAGUGUGAUCCAGGCGCUGAUCCACAAGGGGGUGAACCCUGGGCUGCAGGACCGCAAUGGCAACACCCCGCUGCACCUGGCCUGUGAGCAGCAGCACCUGCAGUGCGCCCAGCAGCUGCUGAAGGGCCCAGCCACGCCAGACAGCACCACUCAGCCCCGUGGGCACCACCAGGACCUGCAGCUCCAGAACUGGCAAGGCUUGGCCUGUCUGCACAUCAGUACCUUGAAAGGGAACAUCCAAAUGAUGUCUCUGCUGCUGGAGAGCGGCGCCAACAUUGAUGUUCGGGAGGGCACGAGCGGGAAGACUCCACUGCACCUGGCUGUGGAGUGUCACAACCGUAGGGCUGUGCAGUUCCUGCUGCGCAAUGGGGCGUACGUGGAUGCGCAGAUGUACAACGGGUGCACUCCGCUCCACCUGGCUGUGGGCCGCAAGGAUGCUGCCAUCGCCGCCAUCCUCUCACACUCUGGGGCUGACACCCUGCUGAGGAACAUGGAGAACGAGACAGCUCAGGACCUGGCUGAUGGCAAUGACGAUCUCCUUGCCUUGCUGCCUUUUGAUGACCUGAAGAUCUCAGGGAAGCCUGUUGUGUGCUCUGAAUGAGUGGAUGGACUCCUUUGGCCCGCCGGGCCACUUCCUUCCUCUGUGCUGCUGCCCUGCUGCCCACUAGGAUCUUGCCUGCCUGCAGUUCAGUGGGAGCAAAGACACUUCGGGAGACUUAUCCCACUGCCCCUCUCCUCUUUUGAAGUUAUAUUUGCCUCAGGCUGCCUUCCCAGAUGAAGGAGGUGGCAUUAUGAGCACUACACAGGGGAGGCUUUUCUUUUAGAAUCUGUGCACUGCAGCAGGAAUGAAUUUCCCCUCCCUGCCGUGGCUCUGACUUGUGGGGAUCUCCAGCAUACACAGGGAAGGAGCAGGAGAGGACUCAUGUUCGCACUGUGGGCCAGACACAGAGCAUCAUCUGGCACCCCCUCAGAAUAAGUGUGGGGUGAGGAGAGUCAACACAAUAAAUGUUUGUUGUUGC